AUGAACUGGCCCGGUGAUGUUCUCACACCCGCUGCUUGGGCCUUUCCUCUGCGUUACCAUGAUCCGCAUACUCUACUCAACGGUGGAGCCCACGACCAUCCUUUAGGCACCGGUAAUUUGAGCACACUCGAACAAUUCAUUAUCAACAGGAACGCUGGAAACCUGGAAUGGGCUAACUUCACGAGCUGCAUACCGCUUCAACAAGUCCCGCAGAGCACGAAAGCCAAGAGUCACACAAUAGUUCAGGGCGGCUCUUCCCCCUUAGCUCUCGAGCGUAUCCUCCAAUGCAUGGAUAUGAAUCGGCGAUUUGCGGCGUACGCAGGGUCGGAUCCUAAUGCCGCUAACGACAACCUCAACACCACGUAUCAGCGGAUCUCACAGAAUGGCUACCGGCUCCCUUCGCCUAUGGAUUACCUGGAUGCCGCCGCCGGUGUGGCGUCUUGGUUCAGCCUUCAUAUAUCUCGCAGGAAGCAGGACCCCGCGAUCCCCAUUGGAUCUGAGCCUGCAUCUCAAGAUGAAUUCGUGAAGCAAAUUAUCGGCGCCGUGGAUUGGCUGCUGCAGAUGCGUUAUGCGCCGACUCACAAUCCCAAUGACUUCACGCACCUCGACGUUCCCGGUGCAGAGAAGGUCACACUUCGUGAGGGAGCGGGAACUGCGCACUAUCCCCGAUGGGGCCGUAGUGUGCAGUUGAAGAAUGCCGACGAGAAAGCAGGACAGCCCGAUUUUGUUUUGUUCUCUGGGAUUCUGCCAAGACAGCAUGUCGCCGUAGCCGAGAUCAAAACUUUCUGGUCCAACACUACGGACUCGUUGGAGCGCAUAUUCUGUGACGGGGGUCAUCUGUACCUCGGGAAUCAAACUGGGGUUUUCAACUGGCUGUGGCGUGAAAUGCUAUCGCACGCAUCCUACUUCGCACUGUGGACGAACGGAGAAGUCGUGAUCUUCUGCGUCAGGUCUGGAGAUCACGAGAUCACCUUUUCGGAACCGCUUUCGUGGCGUCACCACAGUGUGAUCCAGACUGUGACCGGGUUCUCUAUGCUGGCAUUGGAUGUCGCACUCAUGGAUCCCCAAGGAAGGCAGACCUUCAUCGAUCAUCUGGUGAACGGAAAGAAUGCAAACUGGGGGUGGGAUCCGAGACGCACGGAUUUGAACACAAUCUGA